AUGCAGUUCGCAGAUAUUGCAGUGAACCUGGGCGACGGCAUGUUCCAGGGCAAGUACCACGGCAAGCAACGCCAUCCCGGCGACCUUCCAGCCGUCCUCGAACGCGCCCGUGAGGCCGGUGUGACCCGCCAACUCCUGACAGGCACGUCGUUGAGGGAGUCGAGGAUUGUGCUCAAGUAUGCCCAGCAAUAUAACUUUCACUCGACCGCCGGGUGUCAUCCCACCUCCACCACUGAGAUCGACAAGCACGCCGGCGGAGAGGAUGCGUACUUCGGCGAGCUGGAGGAGUUGAUUUCCACGGACCGGGGAGAAGGCGGUUCGAAGCGUAUCAUCUCGAUCGGCGAGGUGGGGCUUGACUACGACCGGCUCAAGUUCGCACCAAGGGAAACCCAGCUGAAGCAUCUUCCCCGACUGCUGCUGCUGUCGAAGAAGUUCGGCCUCCCGCUGUUUCUACAUGACCGGCAUCCCGAGGCGCACGCGGACUUGGUGCGCAUCCUCAAGGAGGUCGGGUUUGGUCCCGACUGGCCGGGAGGUGUCGCGCACUCGUUCACGGGAACGAUUGACGAGAUGAAGGAGUUGGUCGACAUGGGAUUGUAUAUCGGCAUCAACGGAUGCUCGCUCAAGACACAGGAGAACGUCGACGUUGUGAAAGCUAUCCCGUUGGACCGCCUCUUGCUGGAGACUGACGCACCGUGGUGCAGCGUCACGACAAGCCACGCGUCGUAUAAGCACUUGCCCAAAGACCUCGUUGUCGUCGAGAAGGUCAAGCCCGAGAAAUUUGUUGAGGGGAAGGGCGUGAAGGGACGAAACGAACCAGCCGAGGUUGUGGUCAUUGCACACAUCGUCGCCAGCAUUCGAGGCGAGCCAUUGGAGAAGGUGGCGAGCGCAGCAUUCGACAACACGAUGCGGCUCUUCUAUCCAGGCGAGGUGAAGAACCUCAAGGAAUCGCCGCUGUGGUGA